GCUGCGGUAUAAACAACUGAAGAGGGCAGCACACCGGAAGCAGUUCGUGUGGUCCCAUACAUUUACCUUUGUGUUACAAGCACCAACACAGCUAGCUUUUGGACUUGUGCAAAUGAUCUGCAAUAGCAACUGAGUCAUGAAUACUUAUUAUUUCGACUAUUUGAUCUGAUUUUCUAGUGAUGGACUUAUAACACAAUGUCAAUGGACUUGAUGGAUACAAACGGCUGGCCUUUGAACUUGAAACAAGGCAUGAAUGAUGACAAGCGUCACAAGCUUAUCUGCGAGAUCUCUGUGACAGCUAAGCAGUUGCAACAAAACGUUCUACUUUUUUGUCUUCUCCUCUUAAUUUCAGUUGCAGGACACAUAAUAUGGUCAUGGAAUCCAGUUCUUCUUGCCAUCAUAAUGAUUGUCCUACUGUUUAUCUACACUCGUUCAUCAGUAUCAAAAGAAACACUCUUGCUCAUUUCAUCCCUUGGAGUGCAGAUAUCUUCGGAGUAUGUCACAGGACGAAGAGUUGUCAAAUUCAUUCCUUUCAGAGCUGUCCAAGACAUUGUUAUCCAUGAAGCUGUAACAAUGCACAAGAUAGUGUACUAUUUAGCCGUCCUUUUGAAGCACAAAACUGAUGGAGAGUGGACCAAUUCAUUAGUGCCUGUAUUCAUGCAUUCUAUGCCAAGACUGGAGAAACUGCAGGAAAUCCAUGCCUCUGUUCACAAAAUGUGGGACUUUGAAAAACAUCAGUUGGAAUCAUUUCAAGCAGGAGGAGAUAAUAAUGUCCCUAGAAGAUGACAGCAGAUUUAACUUUCGACAAAUCAUCAUUUGAAUUGCUUUUGCAUGUAUAUUGUAUUUAUGUAAGGGUAUGUGACUCUGAAUGAGUCUUUAGAUUGGCUUGAAUUAUUUCCUUUUUUUUAAUGUUGAGUUAUUAUGAUGUAUAGUAGCAUUGAAUGAAAAUGUGAAGACCCGAAGUUAUGUUCAGAAAGGCACAUAGCAUUAGAUAAACAUCUCUUAACGCUUGUAGAGUUCUUCUGCCUCAAUUGAGAGAAGUUUUAUUUAUAAAAGCAUUUUACAUGAAGCAAUACUUGCAUUUUUAGUAUGAUUUUAACAAAUUUGAUCUCAUUCUUGAUCUUAGACAUGUGUACAGAAUAAGGAGAUGGAGAGAGAGAAAGAGAGAAACAGAAUUCUGUUCCUGGAGUUUAAAGAUCUUUGAUAAUAACCAAGCUGAUGUAGUACCCCUUGGUAAGACAUUGGUCCACACUUUCCUUCUUUCAGACAUAUUUACAAGGUUUUAUCAAAGUUUUAGGCUAUUUACGUAUUUGUAUUGAAAAAUAAAUGUUAUCAAUAGUGAUCAGAAACAACAAUAACAACCACAUGGUUAGAGUAAUGUGUUACAGAACUGAACUGGAUACAUAUGUUAGUUAUUUACAUGUAUAAGGUGUUCAAAAAAACUUGAAAACCUAUCUAAUGUCUGAAUUCCUUAGUUAAGACGUAGUGUAUUUCACAAUCUGAUGCAAUUAACGUUGUUUAAUUAUAUUUAAUUAUGUUAAAUUAUUUUCGUUCUCUGUAACUUCUCAUUUACUUUCUUAAGUUUAAUAUAUUUACCUUGUUAGGCGCCUUGAGCAUCUCUUGGGGUGGAUAUUUUCCUUUAAAGUGAAAAUAAACCUGAGCAGAACAAAAAAUUAAAGAAAAAUAUUCAGAUGUUUGGGAAAACUAAGAUAAAGAAUAAGAAACAUAAUAAUAAUAAAAAACAGUUUUAAUCGCUAAUAAUAAAAGGGGAAUCGUCCUUUGUCAAUUCAGUAAUUUCAGUUCAGUAGUAAAGAAUUAUUGGAAGUGUUUUUAAUAUUUUUUAAUGAUAUGUCCCUAUAUUUUCAUGAUUAAACAAAAUAAAAAUGAAUGAUAUGUAAUUAUGAGUGAGUAUUGUGGUAAAGUAGUGCAUUGAACUAUAUGAAUGAUGACUUACUGCACAUGAAAACAGUUUGUUUUACGUGUAUUAUUCUAAAUCAUUUUUUUAUAUAUUUUAUUUUAAAUACAUUUUUAAAAUCAAUCUUGCCUAUUUUUCUAGUUUGCUAAUCUAAUAAACAUUUUUUUUAUAUAUAAAA